UUCUUCCACUGUUUGGGAAAAUACCAUAAACAAACUGGCUUUUCAGUCCUCUCAAGCGAGUAUUUUGAGUUUCAUUUUCUUUUCUUUUCUCUUGUUGCGUUUGUGGAAAACAAAUUUAGUACAGUCGUUUUCGACGGCGGCGUUUUUUGCUUUGUUUGAACACAGGGACCACAGUUAGUGUGUGUGUGUGCGCGUGUGUGUGUCCGGCGAAGAACAUUUAGCUUUGACAGAACCUGCAGUUUUGCACUGACUGCAGCUGCAACGAGAGACCAUGUCUGAUUUCAUUCUGCUGCUUCUGAUAAUUGUCCUCCUGGUGUGUCUGGCUGUGACAGUGGGGGGCUUGCUGGCGUACUCGGGGCUCCUGUCAGACGUGGUCAUUAAGACCGGGCCACCUCCUAUCAGAAAUGUUACCAUUGCAUAUAAGUUCAAGGAGGGCUCAUACAAGGACUGCGGUUCAGUCUACACAGAAAGCUGCAGCAUCGGGCCAAAGCUGAGCUCCAUCGGCAUUUUCUACGAUGACCCCAAGCAGAGGCCACCAGAGAAAUGCCGCUACAUGGUGGGCAGUGUCCUGUGUGAGGGUGACGAGAAGCCAGAUGAAGAACUGCUGAAGCUCUAUGAGAAGUUUGGCUUCAAGGUGUUUUCUCUACCUGAAGUGAGCCAUGCUGUGACCACAAGCUUUCCAUGCACAACCCAUCUGUCCCAUGUGUUGGGUCCUUACAGGGUCUACCCCAGACUGUCUUCCUAUAUUGAGGAGAGGAAGCUUUGUGCCUUCCCAAUGAUUGAGAUCUGCAGCUCAGGUAUCAUCAACUAUAUGGUUCCUCUGUCUCGCCAAACAGACUUCUUUGUACCUGAAAUGAAAGAGGAACUUAAAACAGAUGUGAAAGACGAUGACUCCGACGAGGACAGAGGAACUGACAUUACAGGUGCAGAUUCUCACAGUGACGUAAGCUCAGUAAGCGGUGGCGUGCCAUGGGACAGCCGAGAGACAUCCCUGGCAGCAUCUACUGCCGCCUCCCUGGCCUCCUCUCUGCCCCUGAGGGAGGUAAUGGAUGCAAACGAAGACAUUAAGCACACUGACCACAGCGACAGAGGCUCGAAUGAAUCUAUGGGCAGCGGCUCAUCCUUUGAAGAGCUUGACAUGGAUCAGGAGGAGCAGGAGGAGGGAGAGGAGAAGGAAGAUGGAGAGGAGGGCAUCCCUGAGGGUGAAAAUGGAGCUAAAGAAGCAGUUGAACUGAUGGCUGAGAAGAAGGAGCACUUGGGAGAUGGAGAUGAGUAGGCAGGAUGCUUAAAGAGUAAAGGGAUGCAGACAUGUAACACUGGCAUGGUAGAACGUUCCUGUUGGUUAUCUGUCAAGUAAUCUUGUUGGUGGAUCUAAAGCUGUUCAAUCCAUGACCAACAUAUUUUCCAACCUUCUAAAUCUUUAUUUAAAACAUGUAACUUAUGUUUAACAGUAAUCGCUCUUCUUUU